AACCACACCUCUACUGGUCAUUUCCUUAUAAUUUUUGAAUUUUUUUUUACCCCAACCCCUGUUACGGCCUGCUAUUUGUAAUAGAUUCUUGGUGCUGUGAGCCCAUCGAACAAAAGACCAUCAUGGUGUUACUCACCAAGUGCCAAUUCAGCGUCCAAUGAAAAGUUACCUUGGACUAUGUCUAUUGGGUAGACGUGUGUUGUAAUGUUUGGGAUUCCUGUUUGUAUGACCGCAAGGUUUUCUGGGUAACAGCAAUAAACAACGAGAGUCCGCCAUUACUGUUUAUUCGUUUUGAUCCUAAGGUUUUUCUCAAAUACAUUACAUUUUUUGGCGACGAGGAUUUCGGAAAUGGCAACCUACGGCAAAAUAGACGAAUUCGACAGAGAUUCUGAUUCAUGGGAACAGUAUAUCGAGCGUCUAAACUUCUAUUUUGAAGCAAAUGGAGUAACUACGUCUGACGAUGACUUGAAAAUACGCCGUGCAAUUCUCCUCAGUUCGGUAGGGAAAAAAACCUACAAAUUAAUGUCUGAUCUGCUGGCCCCAGCGAAACCUGGAGAGAAAUCUUAUGCUGACUUGUGCACCUUGGUAAAGAGCCAUUUCAACCCAAAACCGAGUGAAAGCGUGCAACGGCACAAGUUCAAUAACCGUUUCAGAUUGAGCGGGGAGAACGUGUCUGACUUUGUAGCGGCUCUACGAAACAUGGCAGAAUACUGCAAUUUUGGUGGCAGUCUGGAAAUUAUGCUGCGUGAUCGUCUGGUGUCUGGAAUUAACAAUGAAAGAAUCCAAAGGCGUUUGCUAUCAGAAGAGAACUUAACUUUCAAAAAAGCUUACGACAUUGCUUCGUCUAUGGAAACGACCGCACAGCACAUGGCCGAUCUUCAAUCUGCUCCUUCUACGUUAAGUUCAACGUCUGCAUCUGUAAAAAAGAUCAGUUCUUCGCCCUUACCGCGUUCUAAAAGCGAAAAUAAAGAGUGUUAUCGUUGUGGAAAAAAUCACCACCCGUCAAAAUGUCGUUUCAAGGAGGCCACGUGCCAUUAUUGUAAAAAGAAAGGACAUAUUGUUGCCAAAUGUCUCAAAAAAGCAAAAAAGUCGUCCGAGACAACCAAGCCAAAUUCAAACCACCAUCCAAAACAAGGGAAACCAGCAAUUCAUGUCCUGGAUACUGAUAAAGAAAUAGAAGAUGAAGAUAUAUUUCCAUUGUUUGCUGUCAGUCAAGGCAACCGCCAAAAUCCGUAUUUAGUAGAUGUUGAAUUAAAUGGUCUUAAAGUUCAAAUGGAACUGGACACUGGUGCAUCACUUUCAGUAAUCGGAGAGGACAUUUUUGAUCAAUUGAAGAACAUUGAGGGUUCAUCUCUCAAUCUGCAAGAUACCAAGCUAACCUUGAAAACAUACACCGGGGAGACAAUUCCAGUUUUAGGAAAGCUUGUAGUGGAAGUCAAGUACAAGGACUUCUUUGAACACUUGCCAGUUAUAGUUGUACAAGGCAAGGUGCCCAGUCUCUUUGGACGAGAUUGGUUACAACAUGUUAAGUUGUCAUGGCCAGAGAUUUUCCUAGUUCAAGUUGUAUCCCCUGAUGUGUCUGACCUGCUAAAGAAACAUGAAAAUUUAUUCAAGGAAGGACUAGGGACAAUUCAAGGAGUGAAAGCAAAGAUAUACGUUGAUCCUCAAGCCAAACCCAAGUACUUCAAACCUCGCACGUUAGAAUAUGCACGACGUCAGAAGGUAGAGAGAGAAUUGGACCGUUUGUUAGAAGAAGGAACAAUUCGUCCAGUUCAAUUUUCGGAAUGGGCAACACCCAUUGUGCCCAUUGUCAAAUCUGAUGAGUCUAUACGCAUUUGUGGAGACUUCAAAGUUACUUUGAACCAAGUUAGCAAACUUGACAAUUACCCAAUUCCUAAAACAGAGGAUCUGCUAGCUCAACUUGGAGGUGGAGUGCAGUUUACAAAACUAGAUCUGAGUCAAGCUUAUCAACAACUUGAGUUAGAUGAAGAAUCAAAGAAGUACACCACUAUCACCACUCAUAAAGGCCUAUUUGAGUACAAUAGACUGUGCUACGGCAUUGCCUCAGCCCCUGGGAUUUUCCAACGCACAAUGGAAAAUUUACUGCAGGGUAUUCCGAAUGUUGUAGUACGAAUAGAUGAUAUUCUCAUUGCCGGGAAGACAUCAGCAGAUCAUCUCAAAAGUCUAACAGAAGUCCUGUCACGUCUGGACAAAGCUGGCGUCCGUCUUAAACGUUCGAAGUGCAUUUUUCAAGCACCUGAAGUCACUUACCUGGGACACCGCAUAGACAAAGAUGGUAUCCACCCCCUUGAUGAGAAAAUCAAAGCAAUUCAAGAGUCACCGAGACCUUCUAAUCUGAAAGAACUGCAAGCCUUUUUAGGCAUGCUUAACUAUUACGCUUGUUACAUACCUAACAUCACUACAAUACUAUCUCCUUUACAUCAGCUGUUAGUCAAAGACACACCUUGGAACUGGAGUGAAGCACAUGAAAAAUCUUGGAACCAAGCCAAGUCCACACUUCACUCUUCACAACUUCUAGUGCAUUACAGCUUGGAAAGAGAGUUAACCCUUGCUUGUGACGCAUCACCAUAUGGUCUUGGUUGUGUUAUUUCACAUGUGAUGGAUGAUGGGACUGAACGUCCUAUUUCAUAUGCCUCACGUACUCUGUCCCCAGCCGAAAAGAACUAUUCACAGCUCGACAAAGAGGCAGCAGCCAUCAUGUUCGGGGUGAGGAAUUUCCACUCAUACUUAUAUGGACGGAGUUUUACCAUCUACACUGAUCACAAACCCCUGCUGGGUCUGCUACAGUCAACUAAACAAAUACCGACCUCAGCCUCACCACGCAUAUUGAGGUGGGCGGUAUUCCUGUCAGGCUACUCAUACACUUUAGUAUAUCGAGAAGGCCAGAAAAAUGGUAAUGCCGAUGGCCUGAGCCGGCUGCCAUUGCCAAAUGAAACUAGAAAUGUUCCAGUGCCUGGCGACAUUAUGUUUGUAAUGAAUCAUCUUGAAGUCAACACACCCGUUAAAGUCAAGGACAUUGAGCGUUGGACCUCAAAAGAUCCUAUUCUUAGUGCAGUACGACACCAAGUAAUGUCCGGUUGGCCCAAUUCAAAUGAUCGCAUUGAGUUCAAGCCCUACUCUUAUAGAAAGCACCAACUUAGCUGUCAGGAUGGCUGUCUACUCUGGGGCUCUCGCGUAGUCAUUCCUCCUCAAGGAAGAGUCAAGCUUCUCCAGGAACUACAUGAUGGACAUCCUGGAAUGGUUCGCAUGAAAAUGUUAGCCCGAAGCUAUUUCUGGUGGCCUGGCCUGGACGCGGAUAUUGAGCAAAAGGUGAAAGAUUGCACAAGCUGCCAAAGUAAUGCUAAGGCACCUUCUACUGCACCCCUACAUCCGUGGGAGUGGCCGUCUAGACCUUGGUCUCGCAUACAUAUUGACUAUGCAGGACCUUUCGAAGGACACAUGUUCCUGGUGAUCGGUGAUGCCUAUAGUAAGUGGAUCGAGGUAUUCAAGACAAACUCCAGUACUGCUGCAGUAACCAUCCAGAAGUUAAGAGAAUGCUUCUCAGUACAUGGACUGCCUGAUAUCAUUGUAUCUGAUAAUGCAACUGCCUUCAUAGGUGAAGAAUUUGCCCUUUUUAUGUCUGAGAAUGGCAUAAAACACAUCACUUCAGCACCUAAACACCCAGCAUCCAAUGGAUUUGCUGAAAGAUAUGUUCGCACUUUCAAGGAAACAAUGAAGAAGAUGGGAGGGGAAAAGGAAAACUUAGACACGAAGUUAAGCAGAUUUCUACUAAGCUAUCGUACCACACCUCAUGCAACCACUGGUAAAACACCUGGUGAGCUAUUAAUGAACCGGAAGCUGAAGACGCGCUUGGACCUGGUAAACCCCCUUAGUCAGGACACAAUUCGCACUCGUGUAGAAGAUAAACAGCUCGCACAGAAGAAACAACACGACAAUCUAGUGCCACUCAGAGAAUUUCAAGUGAAUGACCCAGUAUUUGUCAAGAAUUUUUCAUAUGGUCCAAAGUGGUUAUGUGGAACAAUUAUUCAACAGUCAGGACCGCUUUCGUAUGUCGUUCAACUCAGUUCAGGUGGAGUGUUUCGACGACAUGUUGACCAUCUUCGCCUGAGGACAAGCACACCCACAGUCGCCAAUGAUCUUCAGAGUUCAACAGAAUUGGCCCAAGUUCCAAUGCAAACAACUGUACCCAAGCAGAUUCCAGAGGAAUUUAAGGAACCUGAGAUCACAGUUCCAGAACCUUCAUUGGAACCGAAGAAGACAGAGCUUCCAGCUUCUGAACCUGCAAGUACUCUGCGAAGAAGUACUCGACUCAAAACCACACCUACUCACCUCAAAGACUAUGUAUGUUAAUUUUAAGCAGCAUAUCACACACUGUGUACAUUUUUCCGGAUCUGAUGGAUUGACAACUUGUCAAGAACUUGUCAUGGACAUUGUUGUUGUUUUUUACUUAUAGACAUGUUGUGUGUAUAAAAUUGAUAGUUUUACUGGCCUCAGCAAGCAAGUAUCUUUUAGUUGUAAACUUGGGUGGGGCAGUAUGUAAUGUUUGGGAUUCCUGUUUGUAUGACCGCAAGGUUUUCUGGGUAACAGCAAUAAACAACGAGAGUCCGCCA